CGCGAACCGCGAACCGAUCCGCCGACUCGCAUCUCUUCUACAUCCAUACAAUCCAAGUUGUCGCCUUUCUUUCAGGGAUGAACCCAUCCAGACGCGUUGAGGAGAUGACGACCCAGCAUCACCCGAGGGUGCGGGGGACGCUGGCGGAGGCGGCAACCCAGCCGCCCCCGCGCCCGGAAGGCGUGCUGAUCGAGCUGGAGGCGCCGCACCGGCCCUCCGGCUGCUCGGGGCUGCGCUGGGGGCGCCUCGCCGUCGCCCCGGGCCUCCUCCUGCCCACGGAGGCGGCCCAGGCCGCCCCCAAAGGCCGCCUCGCGCUCCUGGCCGCCCCGGGGCCGCGGGUUCGCCUCACCGACGAGCAGGGUGUGCUCGGCGGCCGCGUCGUGGCCGCCUGGCGCUGCCCCGCCGUGGCCGCGGCGGCCGCCCACCUCUCCGCCAGGGGCUGGGUCUUCUCAGGGUGCGACCUGGCGCUCUUCCUCGUCAUCCUGGUCGAGGAAGGUCCCCCGCUCACCCUGAUGCAGAUUGAGAACAUGCUGCGAUUGGUCCUCGAGGGGGGCGUGGCACUUCCGAAGAGGGGAGAGCCCGUCCUGCUCGAGGCCACGCCCUUUUCGGCGGGAAACAUGUUCCUCAACUCCUGGAGCUCCGGAAUUGUGAGCAGCGUGAGCGGCGUCGGUAACAGCCUGGUGCUGAGCGACGCCCACGCGGCUCCGGGCUCGGAAGGUGGCGCCCUGUACGCGGUGCGGAAAGGUGGCCGGCGGCCAGUGGCCGUCGUGGUGCAGACGGUGGUGCAGGUGAGGGGAGAAGCCGUCGCUCUGUGCCUCGCCGCGUCCCUCCCCUCCAUCCUGACGUCGGCCCUACACCUGAAGACAACGCCCCCCUCCACUCCUGAAGGUGAAAAUUUUAACCGCGGUGUGGUUCUGCUGAGGGACGGCGACACCUGGGCGUCGGCCGUGACCAUUGACGCUCAAAAGGGCGUUUUCCUCACCUGCUCUCACGUCUUGAAGCGCGAUAUCGGGGACUCAGUUCAGCUGCAAUGGGGCCCUGAACCUGUCAGGGCGAAAAUCCUGUACAAAACUCCGCCAUCUUCGGCCUUCGACGUCGCCGUGCUCAAGACGCAAGUGGCCGGUCCGAAUUCUGCGCCUCAAAUCUGCCCGACCCUGCCCAAAAAAGGUGACGUGGUGGAAGUGGUUGGUUUCGGUCUGCUGCCGCCCCCGGAGGCAGCCGGAGAGGCGCCGUGCGCGGUGGCGUCGCGGGGGCUGGUGUCGCAGGCGCGGCCACACAUGCUGCAGACGUGCUGCGCCGUGCAGAGCGGCCAUAGCGGUGGCGGCGUGCUGCUCGGCGGACGGCUCGUCGGCCUCGUCGUCGGCCACACGCAGACGCCCAAGCAAGCCCGCCUGCCCGCCGAAAACUGGCCGCGCAUCAACUUUGCGCUCCCUCUCGCUGCCAUUGCCAAACCCCUGGCAGCUUUCCUCGACACUCAGGAUGUGUCCCACUUGGAGCAGCUGUCAAACUUCGCAGACGAGACCAAACGGCUGUGGCAGCUGGAUCCUCUUCCAAAGAGCAAAUUGUGAACGCGUUGUUAUAUAAAAUUUAUAUUUUUGGUAUCCAUUUUGUUGAUUGUUAUUUCGUUAAAUAAGAAAUAUUCUAUAUAAAA